CUUCUCCAAGGAGACACACAAACUCUCUCUCUCUCUCUUUCAUAAGUGACAUAUACACACAGUGAUUGAAAACCAACUCCACAAUUGGUGAUUCAGCUCAAAUGGGCAAGAAAAUGAAGCUUCCAUGGGAAUGGCCAUCAUGCAGGCACCCCAAGACCCAUUCUUUCCGAGCUGGCAAUGACAUGUUCAAGACGGUUAACUCAAUCUUCUUUGGCCCUUCUGAUGCGGUUGAAACACCAGAGUCUUACUUCACAAAGUCCUCAAAGUCUGCGAGCUUUUCAAAUGAGUCUGAACAUUACUCUGAAGAGGUGCCUUUGGAAACGAUUAUAAGCGGGGUUCGAUCAGAGAGGCUGUUUUUCGAGCCCGAUGACACGAGUUCUAUCUUGAUCGAUGCAAAAGCAGGUGGGCUCCCAUUUGAGGGGAGUGUAGCGAUGGCUAUGGAGUCGGAGGAUCCUUAUAAGGAUUUCAAGAGGUCAAUGGAGGAGAUGGUGGAGAGUCAUGGGUUGAGAGAUUGGGAGUGUUUGGAGGAGUUGUUGGGAUGGUACUUGAGGAUGAAUGGGAAGAUGAAUCAUGGGUUUAUUGUUGGAGCUUUUUUUGAUUUGGUUGUUGGCAUUUCUGGUGCUUCUUGCUUUGAUUCUUCUACUUCUUUUUCUUCUGUUGAUUCUUCUUUCUCUUCACCUUCUUCUCCUCUGUGACUGUCUUCAAUAGCUGAGAAGGAGAUUGAAGAGGAAUACUAGAUGACAAUGUCUUAGCUUGUGUUGUUGAUUUCUUGUGUAUAUUAGUAGGUUAUUCGACAAAUAGGACAGUGCAACUAGAAAAUCAAUGCUCUCCCUCUCUCUCUAACACGCACACACAUGUACACACAAUUGUUCAAUGUAUCAGUCAAUUUUGAUACAACUGGACCUAAUUGUACGAGACUCAAAUCUCUCUAUGUCUAG